AUAGAACAGCUGAUCUGCUUGGUGUUAUCGCACUGUAUUGUUUAUUGCUAACCUAUCUUAUAAGUUUUAAAGUAAAAGAAAAAAUUGCGAAACAUGAUUUAUAUCAUUCUUAGUGUAUUAAAUACAAUAUAGUUUGUAUAUAGGUGAGGCCAGUUAUGUUUGUGCCCAGCAGUGUUUGUAAAGAUUAUUAGAAGAGAUUAGAAAUGGCAGAAAAAGCUGCACACAUAACAUCAUCUCUUCAGGCCAGGCCAUCUAUUUUCGAAUUGAUUGCACAAGAGUCUCUUUCUGGUCUGCUUUAUCCAUCCUUCAAAAUAAUUGUUCAGUUUCUAGAAUCAUCAAAUUCCCAGCGAUAUCAAUGGCUGUCUGAGUGGAACGAGGAAGUCUUUCUUGGCAUAAACGGACUUUUGCAGCUGCACUAUUUAAACACAAAAGGUGCAUCAUUUUCUGAGUCGUUCUAUGGCCUUUAUAGAAUGCACCAUGGUGAGAAUCUCAGGCUAUCGGACAAGGCCAAAUAUUGGUCACUCUUCUGUCUGGUGGUCCUGCCUUAUCUCUCACGGAAGGUGGAAAAAUAUGUUGUUAAAUUUCAAGACCGCAAGGUAGGAAAAGCUGCCAAUGUCUGCCACAAGAUCUCAGUAGCCAGUUGGCAGUGCGUUUCCCUCGUGCAGUAUCUGUGGUACCUGACCGGACGUGUUUCUGCUCACUCUCCCUUGCUCAGUGUUGCCAACCUGUCUCUGCAGUACAGUAUGGAGCAGGCUACUCACUCAUACUCCUGGCGCGAGUGUCUCUCGAGUCCAAGGGCCUGUGCACGACUGGUGAGUGAUGGAUUGACACAGGGGCUGCAGUUGGCAGCAUUUUUCCUCCAGUGCCUGCAGUGGUACCACUCUGACCAGCUGAGCCACGACAAACUGUCCAACCUAAUUCCACAUCCACCUGUGGUAGAAGAGAUCAAUAUAUUAAGUCCGGCUCAGUGUCCUGUCUGCAAGAAACCUUGCAGAAUAGAAACUGUGCUGAUGACGUCAGGGUACGUCUUCUGCUACCGGUGCAUACGUGAAGCUAUCGUUGCGAGACAGAGUUGUCCGGUCACCAACCUCCCUGCUACACUGGAUGAACUCAUCCGACUAUUUCCUAAUAAAUAAGACUGUAAUAAAUAUUACCUGCAGUAGGCUCAGUAAGAUUUUGUUGAACGUUAAAAAUAAUUUCAACAAUAAUUAACAAAACCUGUGAGUUGCUGUCAUGCUGUCAACAACUGAAAGUAUUCCUUCAGCGAAAUUCCCAGAAAUUCAUUGUCAUCAGUUCUGACCUAUCAGCAAUAUCAGUGAUUGGAGCUGGUCACAGAAAAGUACUCAUCUUCUUGAAAGGCCUUUUCGUAUGAAAUGUUAAUCUAUAAAUAAUAUUUCUUUACAUUCCUCCCACAAUGCUCAUGUACUUUCUUAGGAGCCUUGCCACUCGCUGAAGCAAACAUGCCACUUGGUAUUAAUUCACUGGCAAACAACAUGUCGUGUAAAUCAUCAUCUGAAACCCUCCUUGGUCCUGUUGUUCCUUAACACUGGAAAGCAGUAAAGAGAACCACUGUUUGGUUACUAAGUAUUGAGCAAUUUAAACUUGUCAUGCAAACCAAGAAUUGUUCACCAUAGGUAUAAAUUAGUGCCCCAUCUUAAUUGCUAACUGAUUGUAUUAGGAAACAAUGGCCGAGUCUCUAGAUGGUAAUUAUAACACCCAAAGUGAGAUUGGUCUGUCCCAAAGACUUUGGAGACAUCAACAGUGAGUGUGAUUGUAUAAUAUUAUACAUUUAUAUUGUACAGUACUACUUAAGUUGUUUUACCGUAUUUGUUAAAUAGAUUUGCAGGCCUGGUGUGAGUUGAAUCUGAGAGUGCGGUAGAACUGUUGUAGAGUAGAACCAAUGUUACCAGCUGUUUCAAUUGUAUAUCAAAUAUGUUUUUUUUAUACACAAAAUGUCUUACAUUACUGUGAUUGUUGAUUUUUUAUAUUAUUAUAUUUUCUAAAAAAAAACUUGGUGAAUGUUUAUUAUAUACACUGACAUCCUUCAUCGUGCUUAAGUAUAUUUGCGCUUUAGUUUUUCUAGAUUAUACCUAUUAAAACGAGUGUGCACAUUGUUUGGUUACAAUAUGAA